AUGGCCCCGGGUAUUGAUGCAGAACCACGGAUCGGAAAUGCAAGUAAUGAACAAGCAGGAAGCACGCCUCUAGGACCCCUUUACCAUGGCGACGGCAACCGGACGUUACGCAACAGCACAGCUCCUGUUUCCGGCCGCAAGAUGUCCAUGAGGGCUACGGCUAGUUAUCUCAGAGUGGCCGUUUUCCAGGAGGAACCCUUCGUUAUGCUGAAGGAAACCUCAAAGGGACGGAAGUUUGUCGGCUUCUGUAUAGAUCUUCUGGAAGAGCUGAAGAAGACGAUGGACUUCCAGUACAUUCUGCAGGAGGCCCCGGAUCGCAAGUCUGGCAACGCUCUCGGCAACGGCUCAUGGGACGGUGUCAUAGGAGAAAUAAUGAAAGGGAAUGCUGAUCUAGCUACUGGGUCCCUAACCAUCACCUCCCAGCGAGAGGAUGUGGUGGACUUCACCAAACCCUUCAUGGAGUACGGGAUUGUCAUGGUGAUGAGACGGAGCGAGGACACGGAGAGGGACACCUUCGCGUUCGUACAUCCCUUCUCAGGGAUGGUAUGGGCGGGCAUUAUUGCAAGCAUGUUCGCAGUGGGUAUCCUGCUGUACCUGACGAGCCGUGCCCGGUAUCGCCUGGGUGUUCAGAGUUAUCACGCUGAUAACGACAGAGACUUCAACCUCAGGAACAGUCUGUGGUUUGCCUACUGGUCACUCAUGAGGAAGGGUGGCGAGCCUCCGCCACGGUCCCCGUCCGCUCGCAUCAUCACCGGUGUCUGGUGGCUGUUCGCCCUCAUCGUGGUCUCCACCUACACCGCCAACCUCACGGCCUUCCUCACGGUGAGACACCUCAGCGUGCCCGUGUCGUCCGUCGAGGACCUCGCCGCUCAGAGCUCCAUCCUGUACGGAAUCACUGAUAAGGGCUCAUUAUUGGACUUCUUCAAGAAUCAGGAAGGUACGAACUCUGUGUAUGAACGCUUGUGGCAAGCGAUGAAGGCAAGACCUGCGGAAAGUUUCGUCAGUUCUGUGAACGAGGGAAUGCAGCGGGUCCUGACCAGUAACUACAUCUUCAUGGUGCAUGGUCCGUACUUCCAGAACAAGGCCAGGAGUGACACCGAAUGUAGGCUAGCCACUGCAGGGGCGCCUUUCCUGUACCGUGGGUACGGCAUUGCCACACAGAAUGACAGCCCAUGGACGGAGAAACUCUCUUUAGAAAUCCUGCGGCUGAGAGAAUCUGGGAGGAUAGAUCUUCUACGUGACACGUGGUGGCCCAGGAGUAGCUGUAACUUGGACGGGUCCAGGAAAGAUGCCAGCGCACGUGAGCUCGCCAUGGCAGAUUUCCUAGGCAUCUUCUAUCUACUUGCAGGAGGUAGUGCUCUUGGGUGCGUAGUAGCAGUGCUAGAAAUACUUUGGUGUCGAUUUCGGGGAUUUAAGACGAAGGGCGUGGAGGACAUUGAGGAAGGCAAUCUCCAGGAACUGAUGCGCGGAUUCUCCAGCGGUCAGUACGCGAUAGUGAUACAGAGGAACUCUUACAGCCAGAAGCGCUGUAGUUGUCAUAGCAACGCCAAUACGGACACUACCAGGCUGUGAUUGAGGA